UCAACCAAUGAGUAGAACCUUUAGAGUCACGUGACUCCUAACAGACACCCUUAAAUACUGGGAAUCGGGUGGGGUACAGGGUACUCAAGACGCUCUAAACACAGACAGCUAUCUUGAAAUCAUCUUUAGUACUUGUAGUUCUCUCGAGAACCCGGAAGAUGGCGCUCUUUAUUCUGCUGGCCACGGUGCUGGCGGUUACUGUAAUAACGCCGGCAACAGCGGAAGUGGAUUCCACGCGUGUCCCUGAGACCAAAGGAAGUGACGUUGUUGACGCUGUCGUUGACCUUAUUCGGUCAAAUUGCAUCUUCUCCGAGGACCGCCUUUUCUUGCGACGUCUGGCUUCAGUUGAGUCGGGAGACGGUUUGGAUCCCAAGACAUACAGAGCUGGCUAUGAUGGCGGAAUCUGGCAGGUUGACAGGCAAAUGUUCAAUACCACAAUCAGGUGCACUGGAAUUCAAAGCUACUGCAACAUCAUCAGUCAGCCGCCAUUCAACAUCACGUGGACACGGGUGGCGUACUCAGACCUGCGUAAACCUCUGUACUCGGGGUUAGCCGCGGCUCUGUACUUAUCUCAAACUCACAACUCCAUCUUUCCCGCCGACGUUGAAAGCCAAGCCGCUAUCUGGUCGACAUAUUAUCGCCCCGGACAACCUCAGUCCAUCUUCAUAGAGAGGUCUGCAAAUGCCACGCAAUACGACUGUAGCAACCCUAUGGAUGUGGGCUUUAUCCUGGACAGCUCGAUUAGUGUGAAUGAUAAGGACUUCGGACUCAGUCUCAACUGGACAGCGAACUUCGCGGAGUCCAUGAAUGUACCUUACAGCACAAAGUUAUCUUUGACUACCUUCGACUCUUCCACCACCAUCAGGUUCUUGUUCGACGAUUUCAGCACUAAGGCUCAGGUGGUCUCUGCCAUCAAAAACAUCAUCAUAACUUCUGGAGGGACAGACACAGCCCUGGCGCUGAACACAGUUCGCACAUCAGUCUUCCCGAUGGCGAGAAAUGACUCCAAACAUGUGGCAAUACUGGUCACAGACGGGUGGUCCGACAGCUUCAGGACGACAGUUGCUGCCGCAGCAAGUCUUAAAAAGUCGGGGGUGGUCGUGUUUGCUCUUGGCAUCGGAAACUACAAGCUUUCGGAGUUGAAGGCCAUCGCCUCGCAGCCGGUCUGUAGUCACGUGUUCACCCUCACUGACUUCUCUAUCAUCAACAGCAUUAUUUAUGAAAUCAAGCGCAGCACCUGUCAGGCCCCAAAAGUUCUCACAGCUCCAACAAACGUGUCGCAAAGCACCACAGAGCCGUAUACCAUUUCCGUCAACACUGGCAUCAUUGGACCUAACAAAACAAUAGGUUUUGACGUGCGGUGCGGGACGCUGGACAUCUACGUCUCCUUCACCAACCCGCGCCCCAGCUCCGCCCUCUUCUCUGAACACUACACCGCAGAGGACGGCCGGCCGGCCUACCUGACGUCAUCAGUGCUGGAGGAUGGCCGGCAGGUGUACAUCACAGUGGUCGGCAAGGAGCUGCCCACGUCCAUUGCGGAGCUGCAGAAGUGCUCCAACUUCAGCUACACGGUUUCCGUUGUGGACAAGCCCUGGGAGAUCACGUGCUGCAAGAGCGGCGUGUGUCGCAAGUGCAGGGACAGCGACCUGCUUCAACAGAAGGACGUCUACAGCAAAUUCUGCAGCAGCAGCAAUAAUUUCGGGUACGACAACCCUUGCACGUUGCAAGCCUUGAGCCAAGGCCGCGAUGUCUUCCCCUACCCGUAUGACUCCUCCAAGUUCAUCAGGUGUGACGCCAUAGGCAACCCAUACGUCACCCUGUGCCCUUCAGGGCUAAUCUUCGAUUCCGAGGCUCUGAGCUGCGGCAACAAGGGCUCAGACCACCAGGGGGCUACACUGUCCCCCUAUAACCCCUGUACGCCUGCAAAUCUGAGGACGGGGCUGUUCUACUACUCCGACCCAACCAGUAAAACGAGAUUCAUACAAUGCGAUGAGUGGGGCAACGCCUGGCAGAUGCCCUGUCCCAGCACCCAAGAAUGGAACCAGAACAUUCUCACCUGUGACUACCCCAAGACAGCAGCUCCCGUCGCUUCCUAUAACCCCUGCACGCCUGCAAAUCUGAAGACGGGGCUGUUCUACUACGCCGACCCAACCAGUAAAAAGAGAUUCAUACAAUGCGACGAGUGGGGCAACGCCUUUCAGAUGCCCUGCCCCAGCACCCAAGAAUGGAACCAGAACAUUCUCACCUGUGACUACCCCAAGACAACAACUCCCGUCGCCUCCAACCCGUGCGCAACAGCCGUCCUCUCAGGCAAGUACUUCUAUCCUCACCCGUGCAACCAUCGCAAGUACAUCCAGUGCGAUGCCUUCGGCAAAGCCUUUGAGAUGAAUUGUCCCUCCAACUUGUUCUAUGAUCCUAACAUCCUGGCGUGCGACUUCGAGGACCGACAACCCGGAACCAGCUGCUGAUCGCGCUCCGAUAGCCUCCCUUGCUCCCUUGGCAAUCGUGAUUUUGUUCAUAGAGCUCCAGUAGUGACAAGUAGCAGGAAAGACAUCCCAUACAGUUCUCUUGUCCUUGGUAGUGAAUAGGAGUUAUUAGCUUUACCAUAAACACUACUUUUAUUUUUUUCAUAAUUUUUCUUUUAGCUUGUAGAUUUUGCUUAGUAGAAAAUCGUUUAAUAAAAUGUCAUGUUUGACAAGAAUUUGUUUUCUCACAAAUGUCCCCGCAUGCUGUAGAAAACCAUCCCAUGAGUCAUAUAGUUGUAAGUACUUUUUUUCGAAAACAUUUUAAAAGUAAUGUGCAUUGUUUAAAAAAUCACAAAUUUAAUCAUUCGAUCGCAAGCACUUAACAUACGUAUAUACGUUACAUUAUAUACACGUAAUAUUACAGAUAUACAUACAUACAUAAAAUGUCAAAGAUAUCGACUGGUAAAAGUAUGUAAUAUACUUGAUACAGUUAUCAGAAAUGUAAUCUAUAAUUUUUUUUUAUAUAGAAUAUAUGCGGAGGAUCAUGGCUAAAGACGAGUUUUACUACUUCUCUGCCUCUCUCCAUCGUAAAAUGUAUUGUCAGAAAUCAAAGCAUAUCGUAUAUAAAACAAAAACCCAAACUCUAUCUUUUCUAACCUAAAUAGUCUAUGUUCACUAGAUGUGAUGGCAAAUAGUUUUUGUAUUACAAACAUUACAUAUACUACAUAUCAGUGGGAUGUGAGGUGAUGGAGCCUCAAUAAUAAAGUUCAUUGAAGUUCAGUUGAACAUGGGUAGUCGAUGAAGCACACUUACUCAUCCAAAGAGUGAGAACUGACAAGGACUACGCUAUGUUGUUGCUGUUAUGUUAUUAUGUUACUGAGAACUGAAUAGUUAAAAUAUAAAUACACACACACACUGUACUUUAAGGGGGAAAAUAUAAUGGAAAAAAUGCUAGCAUAGACUGCUUUUGCGAGAUUAGUUCAGUAUUUAGUCAUGAAUUGUUGAUAAUGUAUUUUCUAGCUUAUAAUAAAGUCCAUGUCAUACUUAAUCCUACUGAUGUUUUUGUGGUUAUUAAAACUUAUUAACAUUU